GGGGGGGGGGGGGGGGAACAUUGCAAUUGACAAGUCCAGCGAGCAGCAGACCGUCGCCUCUCUCCUUCUUCUUCCUCCUCCUCCUCCUCCUCUUUCGCCUCCCGCCCUUCGCCGGCUCCCCAACCCCUCCCUCGCUGGAGGGAUUGCCUUUUUUUCUCCGGGAACCGUGGAUGUCCUGAUGCGAGACCCAGCUUUUCCGGGGACUGCGAUGGCUUACCACCCGUUCCACGCGCCCAGGCCGUCCGAUUUCCCCAUGUCUGCUUUCUUAGCGGCCGCCCAGCCUUCUUUCUUCCCGGCUCUGGCUUUGCCUCCGGCCGCCCUCACCAAACCACUGCCGGAUCCCAGCCUGGCCGGAGCCGCCGCCGCCGCCGAGGCCGGCUUGCACGUCUCGGCGCUCGGGCACCACCACCAAGCCGCUCAUCUGAGGUCGCUCAAAAGCCUGGAGCCCGAGGAAGAGGUCGAAGACGACCCCAAAGUGACCCUGGAAGCCAAGGAUCUCUGGGAUCAGUUUCACAAACUGGGCACGGAAAUGGUGAUCACCAAAUCGGGAAGGCGCAUGUUUCCACCCUUUAAAGUGCGAGUGAGCGGCCUGGAUAAGAAAGCCAAGUAUAUUUUAUUAAUGGACAUUGUGGCCGCCGAUGACUGUCGCUACAAAUUCCACAAUUCUCGCUGGAUGGUGGCCGGGAAGGCGGACCCGGAGAUGCCCAAACGCAUGUACAUCCACCCGGAUAGCCCGGCCACAGGAGAACAGUGGAUGGCCAAACCUGUAGCUUUCCACAAACUCAAGCUCACCAACAACAUAUCGGAUAAACAUGGCUUUACCAUCCUGAAUUCAAUGCACAAGUAUCAGCCAAGGUUCCACAUCGUCCGGGCGAAUGACAUUCUGAAGUUACCUUACAGCACCUUCCGGACCUACGUGUUUCCCGAAACGGACUUCAUAGCAGUGACUGCUUAUCAAAACGACAAGAUCACUCAGCUGAAAAUUGACAACAAUCCCUUUGCGAAAGGAUUCAGAGAUACCGGGAAUGGGCGACGUGAAAAAAGGAAACAGCUGACUCUCCCCUCCUUGCGGAUGUAUGAGGAUCAGUGCAAACCGGAUCGUGAUGGAGGUGAAUCGGAUGCUUCUUCGUGUGAACCUGCCCCAGUCCGAGAUUCACUCCACUCCCCUUUGGGAACAGCACCCAGCCCCUUGAGACUCCAUCGCAAUAGCAGAGAAGAGAAAGGCAGCGAUCAGGAGCUGGACAAAGCCCCGGAAGGAAAGAGGCCCAGCCCGGAUCCUGGCACCUGCAGCCCUCGGAGCAGCAGCCUCAGCCCCCGGCUGCCGGGAGAAGAGAGGAGCAAAGAGCGAGGAAGGGGCAAAGGCCAAGAGACCCCCAAAGAGGGCGGCGAAGGGGCCGUCUUCAGCCCCUUGGCCUUGGAGAAAGACAAAGUGGAGGGUAGGAGGAAGGACUCGCUGAUCCAAGCGCCCUCGCAGGAAGGGUCCAAGAAAGAAGGUCCCGGCGACUGCGCCCCCCUGGGGGCCAGCAAGGAGUCUUUCGCGCCUCUGAUGGUACAGACGGACAGCCCCCCACACCUGAGCGCUGGGCAUUUGCAGAGUCUGGCCCUUUCCGGCCUCCACGGGCAGCAGUUCUUCAAUCCCUUGAAUGCCGGGCAGCCUUUCUUCAUCCACCCGGGACAGUUCGCCAUGGCGCCCGGCGCCUUCUCUGCCAUGGGCAUGGGACACUUGCUGGCCUCCGUGGCGGGCGGAGGAAGCCUGGAAAACGGGGGGCUUUCGGCGGCGCAAGGGCCGGCCGGCACAGCCACCCCCUUCCCCUUCCAUCUCUCCCAGCACAUGUUGGCUUCUCAGGGAAUCCCGGUGCCUACUUUUGGUGGACUCUUUCCUUACCCGUACACCUAUAUGGCAGCAGCGGCAGCGGCCGCCUCAGCCAUGCCGGCGACCAGCGCCGCCACCGCCAGCUCGUUAUCGCGGAACCCCUUCUUGAGCAACGCCCGUCCUCGCCUGCGUUUCAGCCCCUACCAGAUCCCGGUGGCCAUUCCUCCCAGUACUAACCUCCUCACCACUGGCCUGCCGACGACUUUGAAUGCAGGAUCGGAAGGUUCCAAGCCCGGAAGCAGCCGCGAAUCCAGCCCCCUCUCGGAUCUUCCCAUUCACAAAACGGGCAGCCAGCGGGGGGCAUCGCUGUCCCCGAAGGGGUCCUUGAAGGAUUCCAUCAAUGAGCUCCAGAAUAUCCAAAGACUGGUCAGUGGUUUAGAAACCCAAAGGGAGGUCUCUCCAGGGAGGGAGUCCCCCAAGUGAACUGCCUGGGGAGGUGGCCCCCACGAAAGGGCUGAGGAGACACCGGGGAGAAGAUGAUGUGUACAGCACAGUAUAAAUAUUUAUUUUUCAAACAAACAAAAAAAACAACAACAAAAAAGGAGGAGAGAAGUUAAAGGUGGAGUGAGGGAAAGUACUCAUAAGGACAGCCAGGCAUGGCGCCCUAAGAAAGACACCCAGAUGGCACCUUGGUUGAAGGAGGGUCAGCAUCAUCGGGUGGAGAAAACUAUUCCAACCCUAGGUUCUAGGUUACACAACUUUUGGAGUGAUUGCUUCCCAACCACAUAUUCUCUGGCCUUGGUUCUGGAGGAAUUUAGAGACGGCCCUCUGUGUUAUUUGCAACGGCUCCCUUUGCUGGAACAACAGCUCUCUUAGAGAAAAGGCAACGUGGAAGCUCCUGGAGAUGAUCGAAUGGAGGAUCUAGAAGGCGGCCAUGGUGCAAGACAAUCUAGAACGCUGUUGUGGUGGGAGAUGAUCUCGAAGGCUGUUACAGUGUGUAAUCAGAGGCAGGCCGUUGGCUUCUAGACAUUUUUAAAAUAAAGGAACCACCACCAUGAGAAAAGCAUUGUGCUCACCUGUACCUGUAAAGGCGACAUUUUAAAAUAUGGGUGUUGGUUUGGUCCCUGUCAUCUAAAUCAAGUUGACUGGAUGGAGAGGAUGUUCCUUUUAUUUUGUGGUGUGUGGUUGUUGUUUUUUUAAGUCUACAAACUCCAACAGAUUGAACGUGGGACAUUUGGUUUGGGAGUCUGGCUAUGUAAGAGGGGAAGCAAAGUUACCCUCUGUUCUUAGAUGGACACUGGACAAAAAUGAAGCAAAAUUCAGAUGUUCAAUACUGCGGCAAUCCCUGUGACCUUCUUAUCCGUCGCUGUUUGGACGCCUACCUGUGUACUGGUUUAAAAAAAAACAUUAAAAAGAAUAAAAAGAAACAUAAUAUUUAUGGAAUAAAUGGUAAUGUGUGUAAAUAAGCUAUACGAAUCCCAAAAUAUGCAAAAAUUGGUAUUAAUUUAUUUAGAGUUGUACAUUGGAAGUGUACAUAAUCAGAGUUUAACUCAUUGCAUUUCAUUGUUCCCUCUCUCUCCCCUCUUCCUUUUAUGUCAGCAUACAUCUUGUAAAUGAAGGCCAAUUUAGCUCUUUGUGAAUGGAAGG